AGCAGCGGAGAGAGAGAGAAUGGUACACCUCAGCGCGGAUGCGAGUGAGAUAUUUAUCAACACUCAUUUUAUACUCUCAUAACUUUAGCUGAACUGCUCGUAUUUCUUUCUGGAUUUUAUGUGCAAAAUUCUACGCAUCUUUGCAUUGGCUUCUCUCUCCAAAUGGCUUGGAUUAUUCCUCCGCUGUUGCAACGCCAAGGGACUGGUACUGGCGCUGUUGUUUUGCUCUCUGCUUUGAUCGCGGUGAUUGUGACAGAGGACUCCGCUGCGCAGGUUUUCGACAGUUAUGGAUUAUCAUACGCGUUGAGAUCGGAGCUGUCAGAGGAUGCUAUAUUGGUGGCCAACAAUGGAAUACGCGUGCCUUUCGGGAGAGCAGUGUUCAUUGAUCCUAUCAAUGAUCUGGUAAUUCAAGUACAACCGGGAGACAGAUGUAGUAUAACGGUUCUGGAUAACGACCCGCUCUCCCAAAGGCCAGGGCAGCUCUCUCCCAAAAAGUUUCCCUGUGAAUUUGGUCCCAAUGACGUAAAGUAUUCUCACUUCGGGUCCAGGAGCCCCCCGCUGGAUAGGGUGAGGCUACAGCUCAGAUAUGACACUCAUACCGACACCAUAAUCAUCCCGUUUAUGAUGGAAGUGGAGGUGGUUUUCACACAGUUGGAAGUGUUAACCAGAAACAUGCCUCUGACUGUUGACAAACUGCUUGGCACUAGUAACCCCAUUGACAGUAAGAUUCUGGAGUUCACCUAUGAUAGAAGUGAACAUCAGUGUAAAAUAACGUCUCUCUCUAGUGGCAGUGCAUUACCCAGGUAUGGAAAACUUGUGGACGAGGGAAAACUUGGAAAAAUGGUGGACUGUGACAAAUUUAUUAAAAUGAAUACCCGCUAUCAGCACACUUUUGCACACAAAUCACCCAAUAGAGAUUAUUUCCCAAUGAUUGUGGAAUUACAAGAUAAAGAGGGUAAUCUGCUGAAGCAGGAGUUUUUCCAGGUGAUGGUGCGUAUAAAGGAUGGAGAGGAGAACACGGCUCCUAAACCCAGCUUCGUGGCCAUGAUGAUGAUGGAGGUGGAUCAGUUUGUCAUGACAGCCAUCACCCCUGACAUGCUGGCUGCUGAGGACAUUGAGUCUAACCCUGACAACCUUAUCUUCAACAUCACCUCCCCCCUCUCCUUCGAGGAGGGGUACAUAGUCAGUACAGAUGACCGGAACCUGCCCAUCACCUCUUUCUACCAGGGAGACCUCAAAGAACUAAAGAUAGCCUACAAGCCUCCGUCUGUGGACUCUGAGACAGAACGUAUCUUCCAGAUAGAGUUUGAGGUGGUGGACACUGAGGGGGCUGUGUCUGAUCCAUUCGCCUUCAUGAUUGUAGUGAAACCUAUGAACACGCUUGCUCCAGUAGUCACCAGGAAUACUGGUCAGCUUCUCUACGAGGGUCAGUCCAGACCACUGUCCAGCUCUCACAACCUAGAGGUCAGUGACGAGGACAACCUGGAUGAUGUCAAGAUCACGGUGGUCGACGGGCUGCGGCAUGGACAGCUGACAGUGCUCGGGUCACGCAGGAAGUUCUUCGCCCCGGCUGAUCUGGACGGGGGCGUGGUCAUCUACCAGCACGACGGCAGCGACACGUACAGCGACAACAUUAUAUUCCGGAUGACGGAUGGGAAGCACGAGGUGGAGUUCCUGUUUCCCCUGACAAUCGUUCCCACGGAUGAUGAGCCGCCCAUUAUCAAUGCCAACACGGGGUUAAUCCUCUUCAAGAACCAGAUGAUGCUCAUUUCGCCACUCACACUCAGCGCUGCAGACAUCGACUCUGAGGACUCCACUAUCAGGUUCACCAUAGAGGCACCGUUCUCGCCUAUAGGGGAGGUGCUGCUGAGGCAGUCAGAGGCCCCAGAGGACCCCUCCACCUGGAAAUUCAACGCUGAGGAUGAGCUGUAUGAGAAAGAGGUUACAGAGUGGCUGCAGCAGGAUAUCACAGAUGGGAAACUGUUCUACAGACACACAGGGCCUCACAGCACUGACACAGUCAUGGACCAGUUUGUAUUCCGGGUCCAGGAUGAUAAUGACCCCCCUAACCAAUCAGAACAGAGCUCGUUUAUCAUCAAGAUUCUGCCUGUGGAUGACAUCCCCCCUGAGCUGUAUCCUGGUACCACCCUCCAGAUGACCGUACAUGAGUACCAGCUCACCUACUUCCGGAAGAAGUUUCUCCGCUACACUGACCUGGACUCGGAGGACAGAGAUCUGAAGUACACCAUCACCCAGCCCCCGACAGACACAGACGAGAACAGCCCUGUGGUACUGGGCACUAUUGUGUUAACAGAGAGUCCAGACACUGUAGUGACUGAGUUUACUCAGGCUCAGGUCAACCACCAUAAGAUAUCAUACAACCCACCUGACCUGGAGCUGGGGAUCACAGCCCACGUUCUGCAGGUCCAGUACACAGUGGAGGAUACGUCAGGGAACACUGUCACCGGAACGUUCUCUAUAUUCCUGCAGCCUGUCGACAACAAGCCGCCUCAGAUAACUAACACCGGCUUCACUAUAUUCGAGCGGGGAACACACAAAAUCACCAGAGCUGAGCUGCAUACUGUGGACUUAGACACGGACAGUAGCCAGAUCUCCUUCACUCUAACUCAGCCCCCUCAACACGGCACGGUCCAGUACACCUUCACCGACCUGACCAAAGGAGACGCUUUCAACCUGUUGGACAUCGCUAACGACAGGAUCUCCUACAUCCACAACGGAGACGAGUCCACCAGCGACUUCUUCCAGCUGGAUGUCAGUGACGGCGUCCAUGUUGUGACCAUCACCAUCAGGGUUACCGUGAAGCCCAUUGAUGACGAGACCCCGACCAUCAGCCUGCCGGCCGGAACCAUUGGUUCCUACAUUGACGUCCUGGAGAACGGAGCCACUGAGAUCACGACUAAAGUCAUCCAGGGGCGGGACGAGGACACAGACGACCUCCGUUUGACCUUCAUCCUGGAGGACCCACCGGUUUUCGGGGAGAUUCUGGUGAACGGGGUCCAAUCAGGAAGCUUCACCCAGGCUGACGUCAUCAACGGACUGGUGGUGUACGCCCACACCAGUGGAGAGAUCGGCCUCAACACUAAAUACGACUACUUUAAUCUGACGCUGACAGACAUGUCUGAUGAGUGGACAGUAGGGGGCAACAGGGUCACGGGGGUCAGGGUUCAGAUCACCAUCCUCCCCAUGGACAGCCAGGCUCCAGAGGUGUUUGUAGGCCCACAGUUCACUGUCGUAGAGGGAGAGAAGAAUGUGAUAGAGAUUUUUCACAUUAGCGCUGAUGAUAUUGACACUCCUAAUGAUGACCUGCUUUGUACCAUCAUCGUCCAGCCCACGUCAGGCUACGUGGAGAACAUCUCCCCGGCCCCAGGCUCAGAGAAGUCCAGGUCUGGGACUGCGAUCAGUGCAUUCACCAUCAAGGACAUCAGACAAAACCACAUUUACUACGUCCAAAGCAUCCAUAAAAGAGUGGAGCCGGUAGAGGACAGGUUCACGUUCAGAUGCUCCGACGGCAUUAACUUCUCCGAGAGACAUUUCUUCCCCAUCGCUAUCAUCCCGUCCAACGAUGAGAAGCCAGAGAUCUAUAUGAGGGAGUUUGUCGUCAUGGAAGGGAUGAAUAUUGUCAUCGAUACGCCCAUCCUGAACGGAGCCGACGUGGACAUCCCCUCGGACGAACUCACUUUCAUCAUCACCAAACCACCAAAGCACGGCUUCGUCCUCAACCAGCUGACAACCGGCACCGUCACAGUCACCAACUUCACCCUGGACCAGAUCAGGGAAGCCUCCAGUAUAGUGUAUGAACACGAUGACUCUGAGACCAACGAGGACAGCUUUGACGUAAUCCUGACGGACGGUAAAUAUACUGUGGAGAAGACCAUCAUUGUUAUGAUCAUCCCUGUAGAUGACGAGACACCCAGGAUGGCCAUCAAUGACGGUUUGGAAAUAGAGAUAGGAGACGUUAAAGUGAUCGAUAAUAAUGUUUUAAAAGCCACCGACCUGGACUCUGAGGAUAGUACUCUGACGUACGUUGUUCGCUACGGGCCGGGCCAGGGGUUGUUACAGAGGAGAACCCCUUACGGGACGUUAGAGAACAUCACAGUGGGGAUGAACUUCACCCAGUACCAGGUAGACCAGGCUCUCAUCGUCUAUAUCCACAACGGGCAGGAAGGAAUCCGGGACCUUAUCAAGUUUGACGUGACGGACGGGAUCAACCCUCUGAUCGACAGGUACUUCUACGUGACGGUGGGUGGUAUCGACGUGGUGUUCCCUGACGUGGUCAGUAAGGGGGUCUCUCUGAAAGAAGGAGGUAGAGUAACGUUGACCACAGACCUGCUCAGCACCAGCGACCUCAACAGUCCCGACGAACACCUGGUGUUCACCAUCACCAGAGCCCCACAGAGAGGCCAUCUGGAGUGUACUGACGGCCCUGGCAUGCCCAUCUCCUCCUUUACCCAGCUCCAGCUAGCUGGGAGCAAGGUGUACUACAUCCACACGGCCGAUGAUGAGGUGAAGAUGGACAGCUUUGAGUUCGAGGUCACCGACGGUUACAACCCUGUGUUCCGCACGUUCCGUGUCUCCAUCACCGACGUGGACAACAAGAAACCGGUUCUAACGGUUCACAGCCUGGUGGUUAACGAGGGAGAGAACAAACUCAUCACACCCUUCGAGCUGACCGCAGAGGACCGCGACACGGCUGACCCCCUCCUGAAGUUCACAGUCACCCAGGUCCCUGUCCACGGUCGCCUCCUCUUCAACAACACCCGCCCCGUCACCUCCUUCACCAAACAGGACCUGAACGAGAACCUCAUCAGCUACAAACACGACGGUACUGAGUCCUCCAAGGAUUCCUUCUCCUUUACCGUGACUGACGGAACGCACACCGACUUCUACGUGUUCCCAGACACCGUGUUCGAGACGCGGCGCCCCCAGAUGAUGAAGAUCACGGUCCUGUCGGUGGAUAACGGGGUGCCCCAGAUCGUGGUGAAUAAAGGGGGGCCCACCCUGAGGGUGUUAGAGACGGGUCACCUGGGGUUCCUCAUCACCUCUAAGACUCUUAAGGCCGAGGACAGGGAUAGUCUUCAGCUAUCUGUCACCUUUAAGAUCACCGUGGGACCAGAACAUGGAUACCUCAUCAACCUGGGUACAGGCAACGCUACCGUCACCACAUUCACUCAAGCUGAAGUUGAUGACAUGAAGAUUUGCUACGUGCUAAGAGAUGGUCACAAUGCUACGAGCGACAUAUUCUUUUUCUCCAUUGAGGACAAUGGAGGCAACAGGCUGAAGAACCAGGUGUUCAGGCUGAACUGGGCCUGGGUCUCCCUGGAGAAGGAGUACUAUGUGGUGGACGAGGAGGCCAAGUACCUGGAGGUGGUCCUCAAACGACGAGGAUACCUGGGAGAGACAUCCUUCGUUAGCAUCAGCACCAGAGAUGGUACGGCGGAGAAGGAUAAGGACUUCCGUGGUAAAGCCCAGAAGCAGGUCCAGUUUAACCCAGGUCAGACCACAGCCACAUGGAGGGUGAGGAUCCUGCAGGAUGGAGUGUACGAGCAGUCUGAGACCUUCCAGAUUGUUCUGUCAGAACCUGUCAUGGCUGCCCUGGAGUUCCCUGACACAGCCACUGUGGAGAUCCUCGACCCAGCUGAUGCUCCAGUAUUCUACUUCGGAGGCACAGACUACCGUGUGGAUGAGAGUGAUGGUUAUGUGGAGGUCAAGGUGUAUAGGACAGGCACUGACCUCUCUAAAACAGCCACGGUCACUGUACGCUCCAGGAAAACAGACCCUGUCUCUGCUGAAGCCGGUGUGGACUACGUCGGUAUCAGCAGGAACCUGGACUUCGCCCCGGGGGUCAGCCAGCAGACAUUCAGGGUUACCAUCCUGGAUGACCUGGGUCAGCCGGUGCUGGAGGGGACCGAGACAUUCGAGUUGAUCCUCCGCAUGCCCAUGAAUGGCAUCCUGGGAGAACCGGGGAAAGCCACCAUCCUCAUAAAUGACUCAGUCUCUGACCUGCCCAAGGUGCAGUUCCAUGAUGCCAUGUACAUGGGGCAUGAGAACUCCGGUCAGAUCUCAGUCAUGGUGUAUCGUAGUGGAGACAUCAGUUACAGGUCAACCGUCCGCUGUUACACCAGACAGGGAACCGCUCAGGUUAUGAUGGACUUCAACGAACGACCCAACACAGACGCUUCCAUCAUCACCUUCCUACCAGGGGAGGUGGAGAAGCCGUGUGUUCUGUCCUUGGUUGAUGACACGGAGCAUGAGGAGGAGGAGGAGCUGAGGCUGGUGUUGGGGUCGCCCCGCAGUGAGUCUCCGUUCGGAGCGUCCAUCGGGAAACAGAAUGAGACUCUGGUCAAGAUCAAGGACGAGGCAGACAAGGCUAUCAUCAAGUUUGGGGAGACUAAGUUCAGUGUGAGUGAGCCUAGCGGGGCAGGCCAGGUGUCCAUGGUGAAGAUCCCAGUGCUGAGGGUAGGAGACACCUCCAAGGUGUCUGUGGUCCGCGUCCACACCAAGGACGGAUCAGCCACCUCCGGAGAGGACUACCAUCCUGUAUCUGAAGACAUUGAGUUCAAGGAGGGUGACACAGAGCACUACAUCGAGGUGGAGAUCUUGUUUGAUGGAGUCAGAGAGAUGAGAGAAGCCUUCACUGUCCACCUGAAACCUGAUGAGAACAUGGUGGCUGAGACGCAGAUGAGUAAGGCCAUUAUCUACAUAGAGGAGACCAACAGCAUGGCGGACGUCACCUUCCCCUCCGUCCCCCAGGUGUUCUCCUUACUGCAGUAUGACGACACCUCCAGGGCCAGAAAUACCCCCUUGGUGGCAGGCUACCCCGUCGUCUGUGUCACGGCUUGUAACCCUAAGUACCCUGACUACGACAAGACUGGCUCCAUCUGCAUCAGUGAGCACAUCAAUGACACGCUGACACGCUAUCGAUGGUUGGUCAGCGCUCCAACCAGCCUGGACGGGGUCACCAGCUCCAUGAGAGAGGUGGACUUUGAUACCUUCUUCUCCUCCUCCAAGAUCAUCACCUUGGACUCUGUCUAUUUCCAGGCUGGCUCUAGGGUGCAGUGUGCAGGCCGGGCUGUGAACUCUAACGGAGACGAGGGCCUGGAACUCAGCAGCUCCAUAGUCUCCAUCAGUAUAGAGAAUGGUAUGUGCCAGCCUCGUGUGGUGGGUACAGUGGGCGCUGAGCCCUUCUCUGCCAAGCUACGCUACACCGGAGCAGAGGACCCAGACCACCCCAACCUCAUCAAGAUCACUGUCACCAUGCCACACAUAGACGGCAUGCUCCCUGUGGUCUCCACCCGUCCUCUGUCUAACUUUGAGCUGACGUUGAGUCCUGAUGGUACUCGUGUGGGGAACCACCGCUGUUCUAACCUGCUGGACUUCACCGAGGUCAAGACCCGCCACGGCUUCAUUACAGACGCCACCAAGAACCCUGAGGUGAUCGGGGAGACCUCUCCCUACCAGUACAGCGCCCCCCUAAGGGGAUCCAGCAUACUGCGCUUCUACAGGAACCUCAACCUAGAGGCUUGUCUAUGGGAGUUCACUAGUUACUAUGACAUGUCUGAGCUACUGUCAGACUGUGGAGGGACCAUCGGUACAGACGGACAGGUGUUGAACCUGGUCCAGUCCUAUGUGACCCUCCGGGUGCCCCUCCACGUCUCCUAUGUGUUCCACUCCCCGGUGGGGGCAGGGGGCUGGCAGCAUUUUGACCUGCAGUCUGAGCUACGACUCACCUUCGUAUACGACACUGCCAUCUUGUGGCGGGACGGCAUCGGUAGCCCUCCUGAGGCUGAGCUACAAGGAGCCCUGUACCCCACCAGUAUGCGUAUCAACGAACAGGGUCGUCUGGUGGUCAACUUCAGAACAGAGGCUCGAUUCAGAGGACUGUUUGUCAUAUCACACUCUGCGUCCUCUCUGUCGUCCAUGGUGAUGUGUGCGGACCACCCUGGGGUGACCUUUAACCUCAGCCUGGUGAGGAGCGAGCCCACCUACAACCAGCCCAUGCAGCAGUGGACCUUUACAUCAGACUUCGCUGUGCGUGACUACUCAGGUACCUACACAGUGAAGCUGCUGCCCUGUACCUCUCCCCCCAGUCUGGAGUACUCCCUGCCUCCUGUCUGUAACCCCAGAGAACCUGUCACCUUCGACCUGGACAUACGCUUCCAGCAGGUGAGUGACCCGGUUGCGGCUGAGUUCAGUCUGAACACUCAGAUGUUGCUACUGUCUAAAAGAUCUCUGUGGCUGUCUGAUGGAUCCAUGGGCUUCGGACAGGAGAGCGACACCGCCUUCUCACAAGGGGAUAUGAUCUAUGGCAGAGUGAUGGUGGAUCCAGUCCAGAACCUGGGAGAUUCCUUUAUCUGUAACAUAGAGAAGGUGUUCUUGUGCACUGGCGCGGAUGGAUACGUGCCCAAGUACAACCCCAACAACAAUGAGUAUGGCUGUCUGGCUGAUGCUCCCUCGCUGCUCUACAGAUUCAAGAUCAUCGAUAAGGCCCAGCCAGAGACCCAGGCCAGGUCGUUUGGUAACGUGGGGUUCAGGGCUCUGCUGGCUGUAGACGACCCUCAGGCCCUGGCCCUGGUCAGACAGCCUGGAUCUGACGGCUUCAGCAUGGACUCUACAGCACUGUUCCAGGUGUCAGCAGGGAGAGAGUGGUUCAUCCACACCAUCUACACUGUCCGCUCCAGAGAGAAUGCCAACAGGGGCAUCGGGAAGAGAAGUCUGGAGUACCACACACUCAUCCAGCACAGCAGUAUGGCUGCAGGAGGCCACUCCCUGACCCAAAACAGCAGCAUGGACAGAGAAACCCAGCGUCAAACUAUGGCUGCAGGAGGACCGUCCCAGUCCCAGCCCCAGUCUCGCUCCAGGCGGUCAGCAAACGGGGUGCCAGAACUAACAGAGGACAUCGGCCUGGACAACAACCGUGGCACCAAUAUUCUCCAUAUUUCCCUGGACCUUAGCCGCCAGCGCCGCACCAGCCCUGACCGGGAGUUCCUCACUCGGGGUGUGGUGCCCAGGGAGCUGAACCAUCCUGUGGAGAGCGAGGACGGCCUGGUCUUGAUCAUAGGGAUCCUGGUGGGCCUCCUCCUCACCAUCCUCAUCAUCAUCGUCAUAGUGCUAACCGUACGGUCCAGACAGGAAAAGAAGAAGAUGGAGGUUCCCACAGCAACGUCAUGCUCCACUGAGCCCAUGAUAACAUCAGGGUUCACUAGCGGUGGCUUGGACAGCUCAGAGGUCUGAUAGACAGACAGACUUCCUUCGACACGACCACUGAGACAGACAGACUGACUGACAGACAGACAUUCACCACAUAAAAAUAAACGCUGACAGAUAUAUUUUUUAUGUGCCUAUUUGUUUUGUUUUUUACAUUGGGACAUAAAGAGAGGGAUGGGACAACUGAAACAACACAAUCAACAAUGAGAGUUUAGUUCUGUACAAAAACCUACUUGAAAUCUUGCAGCUCUUCUGCUCUGCUGUAGGGGAGACCAUAGAGGUAAAACAAUCUAUCUAUAUGGGGAGACAGCCCCAACUAGGGAAGUACCUGUAACCUGUUCUGUUUAAGGCACUUGCCCACGUUUAUUAUUGCUUUGUUUUAUGAUGUCACACUUGAUCCCAAAAACAUUUAUGAUUUGUCCAAAGGUGCUAAAGCAGCAGAUGCCUCUGUUCUGUAAGAUGGAUGGUGGUCCAGUGAGUUGGUAAAAGACCAUGUAGCACGGCUAUUCAGCUCCAGGCCUGUAGGGCAGCAACACUGAUGCUUGUCUUUUCUACCUUGUAGUUCAUUGAUUGACUGAUUGAUAGAUUGAUUAAUGUUACUGAUUGGCUAGAGUGGCCCACAAUGUAAACAGUUCCUGAUUAGAAGGAAAGAAUGAAAGCCAGAAGUGUUUCUACCUUCCAGGCCCAGAGUCGAAUACCAUUAUUCCUGGUAUUCAGUAUUCAGUAUGAACGCAAAAUUGGCAUAGAACUGUCAUAGUUGUUAACGUGUGUUUGUUAUCCCGUGUCAAGCCACUGUCAAUAGUCUGCUGACACUGGGAAUAUGUCCUACUGUAAUGUCCUACAAUAAUGUCCUACUGUAAUGUCCUAUUGUAGCUCUCUGUCAGACCUGGGUUCAAACACUAUUUGAAAUCGUUAAAAUAUAUUUGCUUUAGCCUGCCUGGAGUGCCCAGUGGGACAUUUAUAUUGGUUCCAUUACAACAGGCAAGCUCAAUUCAUCACAGCUUAAGUAUUUUACAUGAUUUAAAAUACUAUUUGAACCCAGGUCUGCUCUCUGUACUGAAGUAUGGAGACUGAUUCAUGUUGAAGUUCAACAGGUGCCUAAGAAUCCACUGGAUGUUAUACUGUAACAUGCAUCCCAAAUGGUACCCUAGUCCCUAUUUUGCACUGUAAGUAGUGCACUAUUUAGGGAAUAGGGUGUAAUUUGGGACAAGUGCUUAGAUUGUUUCCAUCACAUGGUUAUUCUAUGUGAUGUAUAGGACCCCUACAGUAGGUGCUAAAGAAACACUUUCUAUUUGUUUUGUAUGUAUUAAUGGUUAUCUAUCAUUUGUGCCUGCCUUUGAUUUUAUAAUUGUUUAAACUUGUAUAAUACUAUGUAAAGCAGGUUUGGGUGAAAUUGUGGGGGAAAAUGUGUCAAAUCUACUGUAGGUAAUUCAGACUUUUUCUAUCCAGAGUUCCAAGUUUAUCACACAUUGUUUUUCGGAUAAUUGUUCUCUCAAUAGUCUCAAAAUCAUGGUUGUAAUGACUAUCUAUGGGGCCGUCCCAAAUGGCAUCCUAUUCCCUAUAUAGUGCACUACUUUUGUUCAGUGUCCAGAAGGAAUUAGGGUGCCAUAUAGGGAAUAUGGUGCCAUUUUGGACACAAACUAUAUCAGUGUGGUCCUGUAUUUGAAUACAUACAGUACAGCACUGAAUUUAAUAAUCUAAUGAGAAACGGUACUGUAUAUCCUGUAGGGAAGAGUGGGGUAAGUUGACCCAUUUUUUUACAUUCAGCAUCACUGCGUCAAGGGAAAUAUAGUAUUCUUUCUAACAAAGAUAUCUAUACUGAACAAAAAUAUAAACACAACAUGCAACAAUUUCAACGAUUUUAACGAGUUACAGUUCAUAUAAGGAAAUCAAUCAAUUGAAAUUAAUUCAUUAGGCCCUAAUCUAUGGAUUUUCAACACUGGGCAGGGCAGCGCAGCCAUGGGUGGGCCUGGGAGGGCAUAAUUCCACCAAUUUGGGAGCCAGGCCCACCCACUGGGGAGCCAGGCUCAGCCAAUCAGAAUGAGUUUUUCCCCACAAAAGGGCUUUAUUACAGACAAAAAUACUCCUCAUUUUCAUUACCUGUCCGGGUGGCUGGUCUCAGACGAUCCCGCAGGUGAAGAAGCCAGAUGUGGAGGUCCUAGGCUGGCGUGGUAACACAUGGUCUGCUGUUGUGAGGUUGGUUCGACAUCCUGCCAAAUUCUCUAAAACAACAUUGGAGGCGGCUUAUGGUAGAGAAAUGAACAUUCAAUUCUCUGGCAACACCUCUGGUGGACAUUCCUGCAGUCAGCAUUCCAAUUGCAUGCUCCAUCAAAACUGCCACAGAGACAUCUGUGGCAUUGUGUUGUGUGAAAAAACUGCACAUUUUAGAGUGGCCUUUUAUUGUCCCCAGCACAAGGUGCACCUGUGUAAUAAUCAUGCUGUUUAAUCAGCUUCUUGAUAUGCCACACCUGUCAGGUGAAUGGAUUAUCUUGGCAAAGGAGAAAUGCUCACUAACAGGAAUGUAAGCAAAUUUGUGUACAAAAUUUGAGAGAAAUAAGCUUUUUGUGCGUAUGGAACAUUUCUAUGAUCUUUUAUUUCAGCUCACGGGACCAACAAUUUACAUGUUGCGUUUAUAUUUUUGUUCAGUAUACAUAUAUUUCAGGAUGUUGUGUAUCCCUGGAAAUAAUCAGAAUUCAUGUAAACAUGAAAAACAUAGCUUGUCCACAAAACUUGGUAUCUUCGCACAACUUACCCCUACAAAUUUCUGCACUGAAAGAAAUAUUACCACUACCUUUUUAAAACCAUGCAUAUCUUUAUUUCCCAAAUCGCAGAGAUAAUGCCUUGCAUUAGGCCUGGGAAGAAAACAUUUCAAUUUGCUCAACCUGCCAUUGGCUCAACCAUUUGCUCAACUUACCCCAUGGAAAACAUUUUGACUUUAUUAGCCCACACAGCUACGUACAAGAAUGCACUUACACGCUAGGUUUAGGACCUCAUAUUGAAGCUUAUAGACACCCCAACUGAUGUAUAGAAAAAUCUUUAAAUGAUCGACUUUGGUUUCGUUACAACUAUCAUGAAACCUCUUAACUCUUAACACAAUAAAUUAAUUUGACUUGGUGAAAAUCCUUUUUGUAUCUAACUUGCUUACCACUUUUUCCAUGUGGUUUCUUCCUUCACAGACUUCAUGAAAUGAUGAUCUCUUCCCAAAUAUUUGGUCAAAUUAUUAAUUUUGUGUGUGGUUUCCUAGAGACAAGACUGGCUCAACUUACCCCACUCUCCCCUAGUGAGUUGAUUUUAAAGACAGCUGGUCUGCAAUGUACAGUUUAUAGCAGCUCUGGAUGGAUCCACUAGGCACAAACAGCAUAGAUAGUCUGUUCUACGUACUGUACUUCUAUGUUCUGUGUCUGUAUCUGUUCAGCAUGGUCAGGGAUUUCUUUGGUCAGUGAUUCUUAGUGGUAAGAACUCAUAGCUAUGUCUAUGUCUGUGUCCCAAAAGGCACCAUGCCAUUCUGGGCACACUCUAUUUCUCUACAGGGCUAUAAGGUGACUGAUCUGUACUAAAUGUCCUCCAAAAGGUUUUACAUCAUAUUUUGUAUCGUAUGAUAAACAUUCUUAAUGAUCCAUGAAGAUGAGUGUGUCCCAAUUCCCUUUAUUGUUCACUACUUUUAUAGUGCACUACUCUUGACCAGCGGGGCCCUCGUCAAAUGUAUUGUGCGAUAUUGAGAAUUGGGCACAAUUUGGGACUGCCAAAUAUGUUUUAUCACAAUGCAGUUAAAGGGAAACCAACUAUGAGCUACCACGAUCUAAGUCACGGAUUUUAGAGAUAUUAUCGUUACAACAUUACAGAAAUAUGUAUUUAUUUGAUCACAUAUUCCAUAGGGAUUGCCAAUAAUGAAGAUCUAAUAUUUGUUUCCCUCUACAGAUAAUGUUCUAUUUAGCCACAAACCCCAUAAAAUAUGUUACAGACAUGGUUGCCACGUUUACACUGAAAUGAUGCAUAAAGGGAAGGUAUAGACCAUCCCCUUGUCAAUGGAUGCCCCAGUCAUAAUACAAAGAUAACAUACAAUGACCUCCAUACUGUAUCGAUAGAUGCUGAAUACAUAUACCCACUGCUUUAUAAACUUCAGAUGUGUAUAUUGUUUGCUGUUUUAUUUUUUUAAAACAUAAAUGCUAUGCAACUUACAAUAUCAUACUGCUAAAGUAGUAUUGAAUACCAAUAUUUCUUUAUAUUUUAAUAUGCUUAUGUUUUGCUGAUUUUAUGUCUUGAUUUUAAAUCAUGUUACUACCAUCACCAUUAUGAUUUCAGGAUUUUGUUGAAUGCAUUUAAUGCCUGUGUGAGUGUAUACACACACACACAUACACACACACACACACACACACACAUAUCUAUAUACACAGAAACAUGUACUGUACCAGUAAAAAGUUUGGAGACAACUACUCAUUCCUGGGUUUUUCUUUAUUUUUACUAUUUUCUGCUUUGUAGAAUAAUAGUGAAGACAUCAGGGCUAUGAAAUAACACAUAUGGAAUCAUGUAGUAACCAAAAAAGUGUUAAACAAAUCUGGAAAAUUUCAACAACUUUGAAAGUUUCUCCAAGUUCAGUUGCAAAAACCAUCAAGCGCUAUGAUGAAACUGGCUCUUAUGAGGGCCGCCACGGGAAUGGAAGACCCAGAGUUACCUCUGCUGCAGAGGAUAAGUUCAUUAGAGUUACCCAUCAGAGAUUGCAGCCCAAAUAAAUGCCUCACAGUGUUCAAUUAACAGACACAUCUCAACAUCAACUGUUCAGGGGAGACUGCAUAAAUCAGGCUUAGUGGGACUAUCAUUUGUUUUUCAACAGGACAAUGACCCAACACACCUACAGGCUGUGUAAGGUCUAUUUGACCAAGAAGGAGAGUGAUGAAGUGCUGCAUCAGAUGACCUGGCCUCCACAAUCACCCGACCUCAACCCAUUUGAGAUGGUUUGGGAUGAGUUAGACAGCAGUGAAGUGAAGUGAAGGAAAAGCAGUGCUCAGAAUAUGUGGGAACUCCUUCAAAACUGUUGGAAAAGCAUUCCAAGUGAAGCUGGUUGAGAGAAUGCCAAGAGUGUGCAAAGCUGUCAUCAUGGCAAAGGGUGGCUACUUUGAAGAAUCUCAAAUAUAAAAUAUAUUUUGAUUUGUUUAACACUUUUUUGGUUACUACAUUAUUCCAUAUGUGUUAUUUCAUAGUGUUGAUGUCUUCACUAUUAUUCUACAAUGUAGAAAAUGAGUAGGUUUGUCCAAACUUUUGACUGGUACUGUAUAUAUACACACAUAUGUAUUGCAAAUAAAUAUACCGUUUGGAUGUUUUGGGAAUUGUCAAUGUUAAAGGCAUAUGUGCUGUAAGUAUUUGUAACAUAGACCUAAAUCACAAAGUGGUCCGCAAAUAAAGUGUUUUGA